UGUUGCUAUGGUUAUUUAUUUUGAGAUCUAGUAAAGUCAGUUCAAUGUUUACAUAAUUUGACAUUUAUUAUAAUGUUGGUAUAAAGAUGUGCAUGUUUCUAUGGUUAUUUAUUUUGGGUCCAUGUCAGAUCACUGUUUACAUAUGACGAAAAGUGAAUAUUUCAGAAUGUCAAGAAUGCAAUGGCGUAACGUGGGAAUCUAUAAAGUUUCCGCGUGACGCCACUGCCUGUCGUCAGGCAUCCGAUCCGAAUGAGCGAGCAUCCGAUAAACGGCGGGCAGGAUGAAUCUGAUGUUCAAGAAGAACUUCGCCGAGCAGAAGACGGCCCGCGGCAAGGCGAUAGGGUCGAAAGGGAGCAGCGGAAGGCACACGGCGAAGAGAUCGAGCCGCGAGCAAGGAUACACGCCCAUCGAGGAGCACCACUACAGGACGCAUCUGUUCUUCAGCCCGCCGAGGUGCAGCUACAGCACGGAGAACGUCGAAGGUAGGGCAAGGAGUGCUAAUCGAAUUAGGACAAAUCCGAUUCGAUUAAAGCUCGGGGCCGCGCCGUUGCGUAACCAAUCAAAUUCAUCGUCCGCAACAAUAAAGCCAACAAUGUAAAUACAUUUGUGUGUGUGUAUAUUUAUAGAUAAAUAUAGAUGGACGCGGAGAUUUAUUAGAUUAGGUUCGCGCGUAGACGCGGGAGAUUCAAUCCUCUGGGUUGUCGCGUGAAAAUAGACCCACCUUGACACAAAUAUUAUUUCGCGGUACUUCUCUACAUCUCUCUUUUCCGUCCAUCCAUAUAAAUAUAUACGCGUAUAUUUAUAUAUACUCACUCGGCCCGUAUGCAUACAACUCGGACCCACUCUGAUUCAUUAUUUUAAUUGACAUUUUGUUUUUUUUACUCGAAAUCUAUUUUUUUUUGUUGGUUUUGGUCAAUAAGGACGCGCGGUGUAUCGCCACUCCGCUACUUGGCAGAUGAAAUAUACUUGGUAGUUUCUUAGUAGAUGUCGCGCGCUUCCCUCCGUCUCUCUCUGGCUCUUUGCUGCCAGCGAUCCUGGACCAUCCGUCCUCUCGCUCGUCCCGAUAUCCAUUCUUCUCGAAAAAACAAUCCGAGUGUGUGUGCAUGAACACCGCCUCCACCUCCUCCUCCGCCACCUCCUCGGCCACCGCCGCCGUCGCUCGAAACAAAGGUGAGACACUUUCAAAUAUUUAUCAAACUUUUCCUCGAUUAUAAAUAUAAAUGCCGCCGCAUCCGUGCUGCCCUGUCCGACGCCGCUAUUCUUAGAUUCGAAUUACGCCAUCACCGCGUCAUACCUUGCAGCUGGUUACAUCCAAAAGACAAUCUAAUUCAAUACAUGUUGCAUACCCAAAAAAAAAGACUAAUAAUUUUAUUUUGAUGUGAAUCAAACAAGUGUAAUACCAUUAAUUUAUCAUUUUCAUUUAAAAAAACAUACCAGUAUUCUAAUCUACGGGUAGCAUAGGUUAGGUCAGUUUAAGUUUAAAAAAGAAGCAGAGCAUGAGUCAAGUUUACUUACCUUGAUUUUGAAACUUUUCCACGGUUUUUAAAAACA